GAGCUCGGCGCAGAUGUCGCGUCGGCGUCACUCGACAAAAUUGAUCGGUGCGCGGUUUACAACACGGUCCAAUAUUGCGCGGGGAGAGAGACUUUUUCUCGGGAACAAUGGAAGACACCAUGACCCCGACGAUAAUGGAGAUGUUCAAUUCGUUCCAGGACUCUCUGAACAACGAGCAGGAGGUGCGCGAGCAUAUCCGUGUCAUCGUGAAGAAUAUAGAGAGGAGCUCCAGGGACAUCCUGAUGACAUUGCAAAAUAUUCACACGGUGCAUCAAACAAUGGAGGAGAACAUAAUCGUGUCGGAAUAUUGCUCAAGGGCGAGAGAGAUAUUCGGCGACAUAAGGACAGAAUACGCAAAUCUGGCUGCAGUGGUACCGACUAAUCAGUAUUAUCGUUAUCACGAUCAGUGGCGUUUUGUCACCCAGAGGCUGUGCUUUCUAGUUGCUCUAGUUAUAUAUUUCGAAGUUAAAGACUUGGUCAACAAGAAGACCGUCGCUGAAAUACUGGGAGUGAAGAACAACAGAGAGGACGGCUUCCAUCUAGACCUGGAGGAUUUCUUACUGGGUCUGCUUCAGCUGUCUGCCGAAUUGAGCCGCUUCGCUGUAAAUAGCGUCACGAAUGGUCAUUACCACUGGCCGAUGCAGAUCGCGACAUUCGUUAAUGAACUGAACGCAGGCUUCCGGCUGUUAAACUUGAAGAACGAUAUAUUGAGGAAACGGUUCGACGCCCUCAAGUACGAUGUGAAAAAGAUCGAAGAGGUAGUGUAUGACUUGUGCAUCCGUGGUUUGAUACAGUCUCCCCAGCCUACUGAAGAAACGCCUAUCGAAGAGACGCCUACCGAGUAGAUUUCUAUAUCUUUCCAUAAUAUUUUACAUUAAUAUACCUCCAUGUGUACAACGUUGUGCUACGAGAGAUAUAUGGUGUUCAUAUACAUAUAUGUAUAAAGAAAAAAAACAUUCAUUUAGAUUUUUAUACUUUGAUUAUUAAGUCAGUAAAGAGCUAAUGUAAUCGAAUUAUUUCGAAUAUUAAAAUAAGUUAUCUCCUUUCUUUAUAUUUGAACACAACACUAUUACUUAAAGUGUUUAAUUUUUUAAUAUCUAGAUGAAUCUAUAUAAUUUAUUCGAUGUACUCGGUCAUAAGUAAAUUAUAUAAUUUAUUUUGUGUGAAUUUUGCUUUAUAUUACGAUAGAAAUAACUGUGUAAAAACAUGAUAGACCACAGUGCGAUAUUUUAAAAAUUAUAUAGAUAUUUAAGAUUUUUAGUUGUACGUGACUUAACCCUUAAAUGAUUUUUGUUUUUAUGAUUUUAUUGCUGAAUAUGAUACAACAAAAGGAGUACAAUAAGGGAAAAAUGAGAAAAAAGUCUAUCUUAUUUUUACUUUUUCAUUUUUUAUUUUUUCAAGAACAAAAGGGUGUGUUGCCGAAUGACAACAUCAUGAAAUUAGAAACAUAUGAAAUGGUAUGUACAUACGAUCGGUAUGUAGCCAAUCGACUACAGUGUACGCUUCGUCAAUGCCGUACAUACAUUCAACGCUACCCACCUAGAUAUCGGUAUGUUGCCGAAUGGCAACAUGAUGCAUUUAAGGGUUAAAUUCUGGUAUCAGGAAUUUUGCAAAUCGAGAUGUCCAAACCAUGUUCUUUAUUUUGUACGUAUAUAUUCAUUAAUAAAUAGUUAUUGCAUGUA